AUGUAUUGUAAACAUGGUGGCUGUAAGAAGUUCAAACUAUACAUUUUGCCUACUGGUGAAGAAGCAGUUGUUAAAGUUUACAGUACAAGUAAAAACUUCAAUCAUAAACCAGAUGCUCGAUACACUACUCAAAUUAGGGGAGCUGAGCAAAAAAUUAUUAGAUAUUUAGAUAGAGAAACUGUAACAAAAUGGUUGAGAUGUUUCAAAGAUCUAGUAAUUGCAAAAGAUCCAAGUAUCUGGCCGCCUUUCAAAAAUGUUGUAACUGAUUUCAGUUGGGCUUUUAUGCAUGGUAUUUCUAAAGCAUGGAAUAGUAAGGAAACAAUAUUUGAAUAUCUGGAUAUGUGUCAUAGAAUAUUAACUGGAAGAGAAACAUUAUCUUCUAGCACAGUAGUUAUUACUUCUUGUACAAACCAUUAUGUUAAAAAUAUUCUGAACCAUAUAAAACGGUAUUAUCCAGAUGAUGAAAAACAGCGUUUUACAUAG